AUUUCCUAGUCGAUAACAAAACGCCAGUCACAACUGGCAGUACAAAACACCAUCAGGGUUUUGCACAGAAAUAUAGCGCAUUUGCACUAGUGUGAAUGCGAGAAAAUCGAGAGUCAUGUUGAAGCGGCGGCGGCGACCGGUGCGCAGCAAAGCAACAUGCGACUGUUUCCAACCUUUUCCGGUGGUACCACGAAGAUCCUCUUCCCCUCUUUAAUACAACUAGUCUUGACCGGUGGUCUUCUUUUUGGCGGGGUCUCACCGGCCGCUGAGGGUGCGAAUCUCGCAUACUCAAGGAAGGAGGAUGAUUUCAGCAUACCCAUACGCGAUUAUGUUCUGAAAAACAGAAGACGGAGACAUCGAGGAGUCGAUGUUGGCGAAAGCGAGGCCUUCGGGAGACAUCGGAGGUCGGGGAGCGGGAGAGGAGGUACGGAUGACGUCCGUCUUGGUUUCGACACUAGCCUUUUUACUGAGAAAACUGGAUAUUGAGACAGUGGGGCAAGUGGACAUAGAUCAUCGUCAAUUCGUUACAUUUUCGCCGCAUCUUCAGGUACCUCCCGUGUAGUUGGUCACCCUUCUACCAAGCGCUCGCAAAAACUUGCGCUGGCUGCACAGGUGGUUUCGGCUCAGCUCGGGAGAAGGGAUGGCAAUGACUCUCAGGUAGGCCAAGAUGUAACUGCCAAUGGGACAAACUCAAACGGCACGGGCGGUGGAGGUGGAGCAGUUCAACUGACAGCAGAUCGGGUGAUCACUGGGAACUUAAAUCGAGGCAAAGGCAUCACGUCGUCGAAUAAUGCUGGCGGCAAUAGUUCGGUGUACUGGCGCCCACCCGAUGAGAGAAAGCUCGCGUCCGACCUGCAGCCUACUCGCCAGAAAUUCGAACUAGGGAACAGUCCCGAUCAAAAAGUUGCGAAACUCACGACAGAUGCAGAUCGGAAGCCGAUCUCUUUCGCAGUCAACUUCACGCCCAAUGGAACGGAAGGCGCCAAUAUUCCGGGCGGAUAUAUCAAGUAUCCGUUUCGCAACUGCAAGGGCUUUCCAAUUUUCCCGCGUGAAGGCGGCCACCGACUGAAGAUGAUAUUGCAAGACUCGACAGCCUUCGCGCCGUCUCUCGGGAAGGUAAAACUUGCUGGCUGGAACGCAACAGACAUGAACGACACAGAUGAUACUAUGGCAAAUAAUUGAGAGGAUACAUCAGAAGAUCGUGCUCUCGCCUUGCUUUUUCGACGUUGUAAACGGUGGUUCUGCGGCAGAGCAAUAGUAAACUGCAAGUUCAAGUUGAAUUGAUUAUACAACUCUCAUCCAGCUGGCAGCUCAAGCUCCGUGUCAACGAGCAGGAUCGAUUUUGACUUGAAAUACUCUCUAAUAGUACAUCGAGAUCGACGACGACAUUUCCUGACGUAGAUGACAAUGUCAAUACGACGGCUGAAGCUCCGCUUGUGGACUUGUAUGGGCUCGGCGCUGGCAUAGGGCUAGACGCAAUGGUACCCUCAAUCCGACUAACCCAGACACAUCCGGUGGCAAUUGACCACUACAUGAUGACACCUCAGUCCGGACAGGUAAACGAGGUAGACGAGUUUUACGGGGAGGAGCGACUCCUGGAGCUCGCGGAGGAGUGCAAUAAUUAAGGCACGGCUACUAGUGCUCUGCUCGCAUUGUGUACUAUGGUAGAUUAUCAAUGUAAGUAGGAUUAUAGAAGCGCACGAAAUAUUUAAGAUUAGAAAUAGAAGUAAAUACAAACUGAAAAUCAAAAUCUGACCUUUUAGCUGUAGCGUACUUGUAGCCUGAAUAUCACCACCCCGUACUCGUACAGUAUCUAUCUAUACGCAAGAAUAUCAUGAACAUUCUUGAUGUCACUCUAAUUCUUUAUGGUCAUUUGUGACUCGUUCGUGGUGUUUAACCCUGCCGGCCCAGCGCAAGAUAUGCAAGACUCAACAAAACCACCGCGGUAUACGCAUUUCAUCUGGCGGCGCAUGAAAGCGCGAGAUCCAGAACACUGCCACUUCGAUCUUCGCUAUAACAGUUACAUCAAAUUUCCGAUGCAAGGGCCAAAAGGACUGGAAACGUCGCUGGGUAUCUAAUUGUUUAAAACAUGCUGUACUUGAACUUGUUGUGCACGUACGCAUGCAGUCUACAUUGACUACGUGAUUGAACCAUUUAGAAGUUUGAGAAAUACGCCACGAAAAUGUAUCAGCAUCGACGAGUUUUUUGGAAACUACUUGUUGAACCAAGCGAAGAUACACUAAAGGCUAGUAGGAGCAGGACAUAAAUCCUACGACGCAAACCUUUUUCUGGUUUUUGUUUUUUCUAGUUAGCUGCUCUACCACGACAAAUAAUAGGUCCCCACUGGAAUGGCGUGUACGGGUACCAUUUUCAAGCAAAAGUGAUGGAGCCUCCUUUGCGUGUUUACACCGAAGAAAAGAGCGGUCUUGCCAAUAUUGCGUUAGUCGACAAAUCAUGGGUGCAUUUGUCGGAGCAAAUUGAGCAGAAUACGAGCUUUCCGAUAGAUCUAGACGGUUUGGUCGGCGUCGGCGGCAAUGCUCCGCGACCUCAGAAUUUUCAGCGGCACAUUGCGAAAUUUUCGGAAGCCGCGCGUAGGUUCGUGUCUCAAGACCUCUACACGUGCUCGAUCAUGUGCGAAAUGCGAGGUCCUGACUGCAUCGGAUUUCUUCACGUGAACGUUACCUACGGCUGGCAUCGGAAGAGCUUUCAAUUUCGUGUCGAAGACCCAAAUCGAUUUCUGAAGCAAGACGAAUUUGGUUUCGAGGUAGCACAAGGCGCGGCGGUCCAACCUGCAAUGAUGGCGGGAAAGGUGCUGGGAGAUGGAGAUGGCGCUGAAGAUAACGAGAGUGCAGCGAAGGCGAACAUGAUGCAGCGAACAAAUAUGGGAGGCACAGGCGGUCAUGCCUCAGGAACGCCUCACAACAAGAUGGAGCUGCCAAAGAAAAAGCCCAACUUCCAAAAUUACGAGGACGAAGCAGUAGCAAGAGCGGAAAUCGAUGGCGAGUUCACUGCAGGAGGUGGCAAUGGAGCCGGGCGAGCAUCUGAGCCUGCGGAAAAUGAUGGACUAAACAUCGAUGCUAAAGCUGCUGCAGCUGAAGAACAAAGGUUGCAGGAGAAUGCGAAAAUCGAAAAGCAACUUUUCGGCGAUGCAAUGAAGGAGUCAGGUAGCUACCAGGGCCUACCUACCUCUCUUCUUCGGCGGAGUCAUUCACAAUCCUCACGCAGUAAGAUUAAGAAGAAACAUCGCCGCAAUGCGAUGUCAUCUUCUACUUACGAUGCAACGUCGGACUCAUCUACUGAGGAGCUCGAAAGAAUGCUCGAAACAAUGAGAGAGGACGAGCCAGUGGUGCCUGAGACAUCGACAACCACGACGACCACAACAAAAUUUGGCGAUCCCGAUCCGAGAUUCAUGAUCAAAGAUCCUGACGCCAAUCCAGACAAUCCGCCGGUCGGCAGACACGACAGGAAGACGUCCUGGUGCAUGUUCUAUUCGAAGCGUGCAGUAGACGAAGACGAGUCCUUCCGGCCACCAUCGUACCAGUGCCAGUCUGGAAUCGAACCCUUCUACAAUUAUGAAGACAACUCGUCAAGUGCUCUUUGUCUUUUACAAUAGGGGUAGUUCGCUGCUUUAGGCUUCUUAAGUGAUGAUUUCCUUUUGCUAAAGCUGUAUCAGGAUGUUCGCCAAUUGUCGUCCUAGAUGUCAUCUCUAGAACACUUUAAAGUCGAGCUUUUAACCAUCACCAUGAUAGAUUCUUGUUGUUCCUCUUUCUUCUAACAACGUUUGGAAAAGGGUUCCGCACGUUGCAUAUCGUAUUUCAAGCACGAUUUGCACGCGGAACAUGCGGAGGGAAUGCAGGACACCCCAGCAGAGGCAGAAGACAAUAACGCGUUCAACACUGCUGACACACCAGGUCAGCUAGUCAGGUAGAGGAGGAGGUGAGGGACGUCACCUCUGAGACUUCAUUCCAUACAAGGUUAAGUUUUAAUUUACCAUUUCGUUUUGUUUUAUCAGUGUAGGAAGGAAGGUGAGUACUGCUCGGAAGUAGAUUCAUUUAGAUUUACAUCAUCAUCAAACGACACGCAUAUUGACACUGACAUCAUCAUUGAUCACGAUGUUUCUCUUUCGCUACUAUUCAUUAGGAUUAGGGUCCAUUGUACUACAAAAAUAUGACUAAUUGAGUAUUUUUCUUAGCACUGCUCAGAGGACGGAGGUAGUUUCAAGGUAAGAGAGGAAUGUGCGUAAAACUGAUGAUUACUAGAAGUAGGCGUGGAGGAGUCCAUAGCCAUGAAGAUAAUGCAUCUGUCUGUCGCGAUACUUAAAACAUGUGUAUGAGUUGUUUAGCCCUUUACGCCAAAUGAUAGUUUGCCUUCUUUCGAAAAUAUACUAAACCUAAGGAUACGCCGUGAAGCUACGUGCACGUGUACGUAUGUCUAUCUGUAUGAAGAUGUCACUUUUGAAAUUGAUGAAAACAGUCAAGUUUCCAAGAAUUAGAGUUUUUUUUUUAUCCUGUUUCAGUUUCAGUUUCCGCAUGUACAGCUACAUCUAGUGAUUAUCUCUCUCAAGAACUGGAACUGGUAGAGGAGACGAGUUUUGCUCAAUUUCUCAAGCAAGAAAAUGGGUAGUAGAAGGAAAACUUGUUCUAAAACUAUAUACCAAAGAGGCUACCGCUCUUGACAACGUUUUGUAGUCCCAG